UCCGCUCGAUCACGUGAGCCGGUUCCAAGAUGGCGGCAGGGGUAGCCGGUUGGGGGGUUGAGGCAGAGGAGUUCGAGGAUGCCCCUGAUGUGGAGCCGCUGGAGCCCACGCUUAGCAACAUCAUCGAGCAGCGCAGCCUUAAGUGGAUCUUCGUCGGGGGCAAGGGUGGUGUUGGCAAGACCACCUGCAGCUGCAGCCUGGCAGUCCAGCUAUCCAAGGGGCGGGAAAGUGUUCUGAUCAUCUCCACUGACCCAGCCCACAACAUCUCGGAUGCAUUUGACCAGAAGUUCUCCAAGGUGCCCACCAAGGUCAAAGGCUAUGACAACCUCUUCGCCAUGGAGAUCGAUCCCAGCCUGGGCGUGGCAGAGCUGCCUGAUGAGUUCUUCGAGGAGGACAACAUGCUGAGCAUGGGCAAGAAGAUGAUGCAGGAAGCCAUGAGCGCCUUCCCAGGCAUCGAUGAGGCCAUGAGCUAUGCAGAGGUCAUGAGGCUGGUGAAGGGCAUGAACUUCUCGGUCGUGGUGUUUGACACGGCGCCCACGGGCCACACGCUGAGGCUGCUCAACUUCCCCACCAUCGUGGAGCGGGGCCUAGGCCGCCUCAUGCAGAUCAAGAACCAGAUCAGCCCCUUCAUCUCACAGAUGUGUAACAUGCUGGGCCUCGGGGACAUGAACGCAGACCAGCUGGCCUCCAAGCUGGAGGAGACACUCCCCGUCAUCCGCUCCGUCAGCGAGCAGUUCAAGGACCCUGAGCAGACAACUUUCAUCUGCGUGUGCAUCGCCGAGUUCCUGUCCCUGUACGAGACAGAGCGGCUCAUCCAGGAGUUGGCCAAGUGCAAGAUCGACACGCACAACAUCAUCGUCAACCAGCUCGUCUUCCCAGACCCUGAGAAGCCCUGCAAGAUGUGUGAGGCCCGCCACAAGAUCCAGGCCAAGUACCUGGACCAGAUGGAGGACCUGUACGAAGACUUCCACAUUGUGAAGCUGCCUCUGCUACCCCACGAGGUGCGGGGGGCAGACAAGGUCAACACCUUCUCCGCUCUCCUCCUGGAGCCCUACAAGCCACCCAGCACCCAGUAGCACCGCUGCCAGUCCCAGCUGCUACCAUUUCAUAUCCAUCCUCCACUGUACCGGGGCAGAGUUUGCACAAAGUACCCCCAUAAUACAGGGGGAGCCACGUGGGAGGCGGGGAGGGGAUCUUUUCCCCCUGGUGGGGUUGGGGAGGCUGUAGCUGCCCCCUACCUCUCCCUGCCUCUCGAUCCUCAAUAAAAUGAUCUUAAAC